UCCAUUCAUUCAACAAGAUGUGAGGCAAAAAAUUACUGAAUAACUAUUAAAAUAACUAGUUAUUUAUGAAUAACGAUAGCCGAAUAACGGGUUUAUUAACAAAUAACUAUUUAGAUCAUCACUAGUAGCGGAUACGAUCGUAUGUCGACGGCGAUGAAUUCGUAGGCGAGGCAUAUAGCGCGACGGAUGGGGCGUUCGCCAAACAAUGAGUGCACCUGUGCUUCCGUAAUCAUGGCGCGUGGGAAUUGCGGCGAAAUUCUAAGACGGGUCCGACGGAUCGUGAACCGUUUCCGAUUUUAACGGUAUAAAAACGUAGACAGAAACCGAAACUUCGACGAGCAGUGUGGACGGUGUCGGCGAUGAAUUACUUCGUCGAAGCCGGACAAUAAAGCUAGCGGCACACGAUGCUUGUUUUCGUGCUGGAUUGCUCGCUGGAUGGAAACUCUGCGUCUUGAUUGGUGUAUUGUCAUCCAUGUUUGGAAAUGCAUCAUUCGGAACGCAGUAUUUCUAUACACCAAGCAAUUCAGCACGAAACAAACGUCAUGUGCUGCAGACUUAUAGCCAUGCGUGAGUCAAGUGGAAUCGAACUGCGGUCAAAAAUCGGAGUGCAACUAAACAACGAGUCAGGCAAACAUAACCUUCAAGUAGCGCGAUUCCAUCACACGGUCGGCCGAUCGUUUAUUUUUAAAUAACAUUAUUCAACAGGUCGGAAUCUCGUAUUUUUAAUUAUCGUCACUCCAAAAGCAAGUUAGACGAUCUUUUUAUUUUCGAAUGUUCGCACGUGACUUACUACAUGACACGCGAAAUCGAGACGUAUUCGGCGAAUACAGUGAGCAGUUUUGUCUACCAGCACUGAGAAGACGAGCUCACGGCUCGUAAAUUCUAGUCACUAUGGGCGACGAGAAAAAAGAUGAACCUCACCGCGUUUUAGAGUGGAUGAUAAGACCGUGUAUGGUUUACAAAGAUGAGUACGACGACUGUACCAGUAUAAAAGCUCGUUUUCAUCAGUACUUCAUAUGGGGUGAGAAGAUUGAUUGCAGUCAGUGGAAGAAGGACUACCUCAACUGUUAUCGGUGGGAAAAGCACAAAUCGGAAGAAGCAUACGAUGAAUUGAUCAGGAGCGAGAGGCAACGCCGGACGGAACGAUUGCAGCCGCAUUACGGGAACGACGUCUGGGAGAGGAGGGAGAAGCCACCGGAGAAUUGGAACGCGCCUUUACCCGACUGGAUGCAGGAGAAGUUCAAGGAUACGUUUCUGCAGAUACGAAGCAAAGAGAUGAAGAAUGGCGUCGAAGAAUCGUACCUCGACAAGAAAUGCACUAUAUUGUAACGGCGCGCUCCCGGCGAAUUCGGUGGUGUUCGAAAAAAAUCAAGCAUAGCCUGCAUAUACACAGACUCGCACACAUACACACACACACAUACAUACAUACACACGGGCGCACACAUUCGCACUUAUUAUUCGACUCACGCGCAAGGCGUAAGCCCAGCUACCUUUCCGCACGAUUAAACAUGCGCGAUGAAAACGAAAGCGUCGGGAACGCGGCAACGGAUAGCGGAUCGAUGAAGCGAGCCGGAGUAUCUCCCGCCGGGGAGGUGCACGCCGUGAGAAUCGAGGAUGACAUCGGACAUUUGUACUUUCACACGUCGACAAAGCCUCGACCACCCCGUUUCCCUUUAAACCCUCGAGAAGAGUAUUCGCGAUGACAACAAUGUUUGCGAUUCAGCUGACACGAUUGAAUAGUUCGUCAACCAUAAUUGGUUUAAAUUCAGUGAUUCAGUAAUAAAGGCCUAUGAUCAAUGA